GAGCUGGGCAGCGGCUUCUUGACGUCAGGACCUAGCGAGGGGAUCGCGCCAGCAACCCCAGCCCGCCUCACUGUGAGCCAGCCGACGGCGGGAGAGGAGCCGGAUGCCAGGCUCUCGCGGGGUGUGAGUGGGGCGCGGGAGCGGAUCCAGGGGCGCAGCAUGCCCCGGGCCCCAGGGCCAUGGAGAUCUCCCUGGUGCCCCUGGAGAACGGCGGGGCCAUGACCGUCAGAGGAGGAGGUGAGGACCGGGUGGGCUGUGGCCAAGCCACAGCGGGGGAGCUCCAGUGCCCCUCGACGGCUGCGCUCUGCGAUGGACCCAAAGGGCCGGCGCCCAGGGGAUGCGGCGCGCCCCGGAGCUCGGAGCCAGGAGGGCGGCCUUGGCCACGGCUGCCCCCGGAGCAGCCACAGCCUGGACAGGUUCCGACGGGGGACGAGGAGGGAGAAGGCGACCCCGCCCAGGGCGCGGCGGAGGAUCCGGUGCCGAGCGCGGAGGCCCUUCACCACCAGCGCGUCCUCAUCAACAUCUCGGGGCUGCGCUUCGAGACGCAGCUGGGCACCCUGGCGCAGUUCCCCAACACCCUCCUGGGGGACCCCGCCAGGCGCCUGCGCUACUUCGACCCCCUGCGCAACGAAUACUUCUUCGACCGCAACCGGCCCAGCUUCGACGGCAUCCUUUACUACUACCAGUCGGGGGGCCGGCUGCGCAGGCCGGUCAACGUCUCCUUGGACGUGUUCGCCGACGAAAUUCGCUUCUACCAGCUGGGGGACGAGGCCAUGGAGCGCUUCCGGGAGGACGAGGGCUUCAUUAAAGAAGAGGAGAAACCCCUGCCCCGCAACCAGUUCCAGCGCCAGGUGUGGCUUAUCUUUGAAUAUCCAGAGAGCUCGGGGUCCGCGCGGGCCGUCGCCAUCGUCUCGGUCUUGGUCAUCCUCAUCUCUAUCAUCACCUUCUGCCUGGAGACCUUGCCCGAAUUCAGGGAUGAGCGGGAGCUGCUCCGCCACCCCCAGGCGCCCCACCCGCCUUCGGGGCCGGAGCGGGGGGCCAAUGGCAGCGGGGCCGGGGCGCCCUCCUCUGGUCCCACGGUGGCGCCUCUCCUGCCCAGGACCCUGGCCGACCCCUUCUUCAUUGUCGAGACCACGUGCGUCAUCUGGUUCACCUUCGAGCUGCUGGUGCGCUUCCUGGCCUGCCCCAGCAAGGCCGACUUCUGUCGGAACAUCAUGAAUGUCAUCGACGUGGUGGCCAUCUUCCCCUACUUCAUCACCUUGGGCACCGAGCUGGCGGAGCCACAGCCGGGGGGCGGCCAGAACGGGCAGCAGGCCAUGUCCCUGGCCAUCCUCAGAGUGAUCCGUCUGGUCCGCGUGUUCCGCAUCUUCAAGCUCUCCCGCCACUCCAAGGGGCUGCAGAUCCUGGGCAAGACCCUGCAGGCCUCCAUGCGGGAGCUGGGCCUGCUCAUCUUCUUCCUUUUCAUCGGAGUCAUCCUCUUCUCCAGCGCAGUCUACUUCGCAGAGGCGGACAACCAGCACACCCACUUCUCCAGCAUCCCCGAUGCCUUCUGGUGGGCGGUCGUCACCAUGACCACGGUGGGCUACGGGGACAUGCGGCCAGUCACCGUGGGGGGCAAGAUCGUGGGCUCACUGUGCGCCAUCGCCGGGGUCCUCACCAUCGCCCUGCCGGUGCCCGUCAUUGUCUCCAACUUCAACUACUUCUACCACCGGGAGACGGACCACCGGGAGUCGGACCGCCACGAGGAGCUGGCCGCCCUGAAGGAGGAGCAGGGCAGCCAGAGCCAGGGGACAGGGCUGGACGGCAGAGGCCAGCGGAAGGCCAGCUGGAACAAGGGGUCCUUCUGCAAGGGGUCCCUGGAGAAUGCGGAGGGGGCCCGAGGGGGCAGCUGCCCUCUAGAGAAGUGUAACCUCAAGGCCAAGAGCAAUGUGGACUUGCGGAGGUCCCUGUAUGCCCUCUGCCUGGACACCAGCCGGGAGACAGAUUUGUAAG